CCAAUGACAUGUCUUAAGGAAACCCAGCCCUAGACUACAAGCUGAGGCACAGAGUUGAACAACAUGGUGAAGGCGAAUUGAGGGCAUUUACAUUUGGGGAUUCGCGUGCCGUCGACACGCGCGCACAAAAUCUUUGUUGCAUGACCACAGCGGCAGAGCAAACUUCUGAAUAGGAACGAAGUUGGUGUUGCAGCCUAAAGUGUCCAAGAACUGCAUUACUCACACCUAAAGGAAAAAGUUUUAUUUCACUUCGUAUCUGUAACAUUCUAAUAGUCACUGUCUCCAUCUAUUGUGAAAUGACUUCUCCUAAUGUAGAGAAAAAGGGCUUCUGGAACUUUGGAAGGUCUACUCAUUCAAAGAAGAGCCAUCCUACCAGGAAGCAGUCUGUACUAGAAAUGACAGAAAAUGCAACUAACACACACUACGAGCCAAUGCCACCUCAGAAGGACUCUGGAAAUAGAAAUGGACAGCCUAGUCAUGGACUUGGGGAUCCUGCAAUGAGGGAUGAUGUUAUGGUGGACACAGACCCUCCUGUUGUUCCUAUCCCUCCACAUCCAGCCAUCAGUUUAAAUCCCAGAGUAUCUGUCUACAGCAUUAAGAAACCCCUAUUUACAAGAACACACAUCCAGUGCCGGGUUUAUAACUUCCUGGAGCGACCUACAGGAUGGAAAUGUUUUGUGUAUCACUUCACAGUAUUUCUCGUGGUGCUUAUUUGCCUCAUCUUCAGUGUUCUGUCAACAAUAGACCAAUAUUCAGAGUUUGCUAAUGGAACAUUAUUUUGGAUGGAAAUUGUAUUAGUCGUAUUUUUUGGAGUUGAAUAUGUAGUCCGAUUAUGGUCAGCAGGAUGCCGGAGCAAAUAUAUUGGAUUCUGGGGAAGACUUCGCUUUGCUAGAAAACCCAUCUCUAUUAUUGAUCUAAUAGUUGUCGUAGCUUCUGUCAUAGUGCUCUGUGUUGGCUCCAAUGGCCAGGUCUUUGCAACAUCUGCCAUCAGAGGUAUUCGGUUUCUGCAGAUCCUUCGAAUGCUACAUGUUGACCGUCAAGGCGGAACUUGGCGAUUGCUGGGAUCAGUUGUUUUCAUUCACAGACAGGAAUUAAUCACAACUCUCUACAUUGGAUUCUUGGGCUUGAUCUUUUCCUCAUAUUUUGUAUAUUUGGCUGAGAAAGAGGCAUUUGAUGAAACUGGCAAAACGGAGUUUGGUAGCUACGCAGAUGCCCUUUGGUGGGGAGUUGUGACUGUUACCACAAUUGGAUAUGGGGACAAAGUGCCGCAAACAUGGAUUGGAAAAACCAUUGCUUCUUGUUUCUCUGUUUUUGCAAUAUCCUUUUUUGCACUUCCUGCUGGGAUUCUUGGGUCAGGAUUUGCUCUUAAAGUACAACAAAAGCAACGGCAAAAGCACUUCAACAGACAGAUUCCAGCUGCUGCUUCCCUUAUCCAGACUGCCUGGAGAUGCUAUGCAGCAGAAAAUCCUAACUCUGCAACAUGGAAAAUAUAUGUUAGACAGCCAUCUAAGCCUACCAUUGCUACACCUAGUCCAAGGCCAAAGAAAACAGCUGGGGCCAAAAAGAAGAAAUUAAAAACGGAAAAGGACAAUGGCCUGAAUGCUUCAGAGAAGAUGCUAACAAUUCCACAUAUUACAUACGACCAUGUCAUGGAUGAACAAAAGUCGAACAACCUUAAUAUUGAUGGCUAUGACUUUUCAGGAAUUUCAAAUACAUUAAGAGCAAAUGGUCGCCAGCAGUCAUGGGCUUCCUUGGAGCAGUGCUCAAACUCGCCAUUUCCAGUGAAAAAGACACCUGUACUACUGGAUGUAACACCAGUAUCUAUCCCCAGAACAAAUAGCUUUGCAGAUGACCUUGAUUUUGAAGGUGAAGCAACACCCGUGACUAUCACUCACGUAUCUCAACUGAAGGAACAGCAUCGUGCUGCCAUUAAGGUCAUUCGCCGGAUGCAGUAUUUUGUGGCUAAGAAAAAAUUCCAGCAAGCCCGAAAGCCAUAUGAUGUUCGUGAUGUCAUUGAGCAGUAUUCUCAAGGUCACCUUAACCUGAUGGUGAGGAUCAAGGAACUUCAGAGAAGGCUGGACCAGUCUUUAGGAAAACCAUCCUUGUUUCUUUCUGUCUCAGAAAAGACCAAAGACAGAGGCAUUAAUACAAUUGGGAUGAGACUAAACAGAGUCGAAGAUAAGGUAGGAGCAUUUCAAUUUCACAUGUUCCUGAGAUUCAUGAAUGUCAGUUCAGAAUAUUUUAAAUAUCAUUUUGCAAACGACCCUACUUUUCUGAUGGUAUAA